AUGGCAGCGUCAGUUUUACCGUUUCCUGCCCUACAGGUGUGGGUGACCGCGUCGACUGUAGUGGGCGAGGGAAGAACCAGUACGCUGGUGUCUGUCGUCCCCAGCGACACCGUUGGUGCAGGCAUCUGGUCGGUGGGCGGAAGCGUGCUCGUCAAUUGGAAGCGAGACGCACUCCUGCAAUGCCGCACCGUCGGCGUGCCGGAGCCCUCCAGGACCUGGACCCGCGGACCGGAGCGCGUCAACCUAAACUCCCCGGGGCUGAUGGUUGAUAACAACGGCUCGUUAGUUAUCAGCUCCGUGGACCGCAGCGCCAGUGGUCUUUACACCUGUACAGCGUCCAACAUACACGGCACUGAUGCCAUCACCUACAAUGUCAUAGUUAGAGUGCCUCCUCUUCCACCUAAAUUGCACGUCACUGAAACAACAGCUUCGUCCAUACGUCUGCAAUGGGACGUGGAAGACGAAGGCGGUUCUCGCGUUACGCUCUUUAACUUGUACUACAGGACUGCUAACGGCGAGGCUGUACAACUGGCUGUACAAGACAACAGCCAUACAAUCUACGGUCUCGAGUGCGGGACAGAGUACAUCUGA